AUGGAGCAAGGACUAAAUAAGGGCCGGAGGAGGGCUCAGGGGCAGAGAGAGCAGAGGGGACUCCGUUUGGGGGCUCCCAAGAGACCAGGACGGAGUUCAGGGGUACCCUCCAAAAUAUUUAUCCGACAUCGGAAGGGCGGCAUCGCUCACCAGCGGCUGGACCGGCAGAAGUCUCCGGUCUCCCCGAGUCGGUCGUCGUCCCCCCAUCCCCGCCCCACCGAGAGCCGGCCGCCCUCGGCCCUAGAGUCUCCCCUAGACUUGUCCGGGUCGUCUCCUACCUCCGCGCCGCUGCCUACUGCCGCCGCCUCCGCUGCCCGGGCUGAUACAGCUUCUUCCCCCGGGACUCAGCCAGAGAAACGGGACCCAAGACCAGAGGCUGACACGUCACCUAGGCGUGGUCCCGCCCCCUCAAAUGACGGCAGCGCGCCGCCACGCCCCCUCGUCAGCGCCGGAGGACACGCCCCCAAGGCAACAGGGAAACGAAGGCCAACCAGCCCCGGCCCCGCCCCCCGGGUUCCGCACGCCCCGCACGCCGAGAGCCAGGCAGGCACCAUCUCUGGGCUCCAGGUCGCUUUUAUUCUCUUCUCCGGGGGGCGGGGCGGGGCAGGGCCGGGGUCCGCCAGGGUCAUCGCUGCUCCGGGUCUUCCUCUACCUCGGGCAACGGUAACUCUUCCUGCUGCUCCGGGCCCGCGGAUUCGGCUGCUUGGGGGUCCACAGACCUCUGAGCGGACGGGUCCCUGGCGACAGAGGUCCCCUUCACCGUGGACUGCUUACGCGUGGAGCCCCGGCGGCUGAACAUGGACAGCCGUCGCCAGAGCACCGUGAUGAUCAAGCUCUCGUUGGACUUGCGCGACGGGUCGUAGCGGCCGGCGCGUCCUGCGGGGCGGGCAGGGGGCCGGGAGAGCCGGGCUGCGGGGCCCCGUUCCCCACGCCCUCCUUCUGGGGGCCCCCGCCUCCCUCCUUCCUGCGCGCCUAGUCUCAGAUAGGCCGGUUCCUCCUGCACGUCAGGCUCGGGGCCCGGACCUCGACGCCCCCCUUGUGGGGAGCACCCGCCUCCCUCCUAGAUUGGGGUGCACUCCAAGGCUCUUUUCUGCGCAUCGGCCACUGCAUCCAGCCCCUCCCUGUACCACCCCUUUAAGCGGGGUUGCCAUGCAUCCGGACCAAGAAGGCCACUCAUCCGACCCCAGGGCAGCCAUGCAGCCCCUUUGCCAUCCUGCCCCAGUGACCUCCUCCCCAUCAGACCCUCCCGACCCUACCUUCCAUUUCUGUCCCAGAGUAGAGGUCAUCAUUACUCCUGUUCUUGGACCUGGCACAGCCCAUGACCCCACCACCGGCCUGGAGUCCUGGCAGCCAUCGCCCCUCCCCCGUCCCGAGGCUUUUGUGACGUCAGAGCCCCCCUCCCCCCACACCAGCUCCCCAGCAGGCUGCUACCCUUAGGACCCCUGGCUGGGGCUCUCCCAAGGGUCAGGCAGCUGGUUUUCCAUCUACUCCCUCCCCCAAAAGGAGGCAGGGUCACAGAAGGGGGAG